GAUCAUGCAUGCCUGUGCAUGCGGGGUGGGGAGUUGCAUGUCAGUGAGUGUCACGACGUGCGCCUUGACGUGCGCCACGGUGUGCUGGCGUCGGCCAUGGACACGGCAGCAGCAGCGGCGGCGCCAGCGGCGCAAGCAUGCCAGCCAGCACAGCCGCUGCCCAUGAUGCCGCUGGAUAUCCAGCCAGCGGCCUACCAGAUUGGCUGCCGCAUCCGCGGUCGGAAGGGCGGCGCCGCCACCUUCGAGCGCGGGAGGGGAUUUUCGACCCAGCCCACGCCGAGGCGGUGGCCGCGGGGUGCGGGAAGGGCGGCGCCGCCACCUUCGAGCGCGGGAAGGGGAUUUUCGACCCAGCCCACGCCGAGGCGGUGGCCGCGGGGUGCGGGAAGGGCGGCGCCGCCACCUUCGAGCGCGGGAAGGGGAGUUUCGACCCAGCCCACGCCGAGGCGGUGGCCGCGGGCCGUAAGAAGUGUGUGCGUGCCAUGAACAAGGCACUGGGCAGGGCACACGGCAAGCCACUGGGCAGCUGCGCGGGGUGCGGGGUGGAGCAGGUGGAGGCUCCGGCGGAGAUGCGUUGGGGGUCCAACGGCCUGCCGCUAUGCCGCCGCCACUACGUCCGCUGGCACCAGUGGAAGCGGCGCGGCAAGGACGCCAAGCUGGCGGACGGCCUGGCCAAGGCCUGGGCCCUGGCCAAGGCCUGGGCCCUGCACCCUGCCAGCGACAGCGACAGCGACGUGGAGAUUGUGGACAGCGACAGCGACGUGGAGAUUGUGGACGACAAGUAGCGUGCUGAGGGCGGGCGGUAGGGGCUGCCAGUCAUCGACAGCUCAGCCAUGGGGCUAUACUACCCAUACGGUAUCCAGGUACGCCACAUCAUAGCACUACCAUACAUUUGGUUGGGGCUCGGUAGGCUUGUCCUGGCCUGCCUGUCAGCUAGCAACAGCAGGGCGAUGAGGGCGUGUACGAGUGCGGGUUAGCCCAUGCUCGCGGGGCCACGGGAGGCGAGGGAAUUCCAAUGCUUCUGCCACGAAUAGUAAUAAGCUUAAUCGGGGUCUUGUAACUUUACAACGAC